AUGAGUUUUAUUCAUCCUUCUCCGACUGAAGACGAUGCCAGCGGUACCAAAGUGGGAAACCUGCCUGGUGCCUCUGCGGCUAGACUGACAUGUCUACCGUAUCGCCCUGGGCCGCCGCCUGCGGACGAUAUCCCGAACAAGCGACUCAAGUCUGAAGCAUCAUCCUACCGCGAGGAAUAUCAACUUGCCAUCCACCAGUCCGAUGAUAAGCAUUCCUCUGUUCGAUACGUCCUCCCGUUUGUUCCCUUCUCCGUCAUCGACAAGCGCUUCUCCAUCGUACCGAAUGACCGAAACAAACCGCUGUAUGGCAUCAUGUCACAGAUUCUUAAACCCCGGGAAGCCUUCCAUAUGGGAAUUGUUCAUUCGCUGUUUGCCGAUGAUUUCAGCUGGAGCAAAUUCACGGACCUCCUAGUCGAGUUUUUCCCCGCCUUUGAUAUCGAGAAGGUUGUCAUUUCUACAAAGCUCUUACAUAAUGGCAUCACCCUAGGUAAGGGUACCUUCGGUCACAGGGGCGAGUUCUUUCAAGCUAUAAGGCUGAUGAUUGGUGCCACUGGAAUCACUCAAGAGCUUCCGCAGCUGCUCGGUGUUUCCAUCGAGUUUGAACUCAAAGAUGGCCGUCCAUUGAAGGAUAAUUACGACAAGUUCACACUCGACGCGAUCAUGAGAGAUUCUGAUAAUCUGGCUUGGAUUUAG